AUGGACAGAGAGCUGAACAUCACCCUUGUGGGAGAUGAGAACUGGACUUUGCCCACAGAAUACACCAUACACCGGAGCAACAUAACAUAUGUUGGAUUUUACCUGCACCAGCCAUCAGUAGCUGCUAUCUUCGUAGUGUUUUACUUACUCAUUUUUUUGGUCUGCAUGGUUGGCAAUGGAGUUGUGUGCUUCAUUGUCUUAAGGAGCAAGAAUAUGCGUACUGUCACUAACUUGUUUAUUCUCAACCUGGCUGUUAGUGACCUCCUCGUUGGGAUUUUUUGCAUGCCAACAACUCUUCUUGACAACAUCAUUACAGGUUGGCCAUUUGGAAGCAUGGUUUGCAAAAUGAGUGGUAUGGUCCAGGGCAUAUCUGUCUCUGCCUCUGUCUUUACUCUGGUUGCUAUUGCCGUUGACAGAUUCAGAUGCAUUGUUUAUCCUUUCAAGCAAAAACUGACAUUAUCGACUGCCACACUCAUCAUUGUAAUCAUCUGGGUCUUGGCCAUAUCAAUCAUGUGCCCCUCUGGAGUCAUGCUUCAAGUGACCAAAGAGCAAACCAUCCGGGUCUUUCUUGGGAAUGGCAACAGGACCAGUCCGUUUUACUGGUGUCGGGAAAACUGGCCAAAUCAAGAGAUGAGAAAGAUCUAUACCACUGUUUUAUUUGCCAACAUAUAUCUGGCGCCUUUAUCCCUAAUAGUGAUCAUGUACGCAAGGAUUGGGAUCACCCUGUUCAAAACUGCUGUGCCGACUGGUGGAAAGCCGGGCCAUGACAACCGCCACACUGUAUCCAAGAAGAAACAGAGAGUCAUCAAAAUGCUUCUCAUUGUGGCCUUCCUUUUCAUUUUGUCCUGGUUGCCUUUGUGGACACUGAUGAUGCUUACUGAUUAUGCCAGACUUACUGCAAACCAGUACAGGCUGAUUAAUAUCUACAUCUAUCCUUUUGCCCACUGGCUAGCCUUCUUCAACAGCAGUGUCAACCCGAUCAUUUAUGGUUUCUUCAACGAGAAUUUCCGCCGUGGAUUUCAAGCAAUUUUUAAAUUCAACCUGUGCUCAGUGGGUGGUCAUAGACGAAGGACCUACUCACAUAGAAUGCAGAGUAACUCUGUGUUGCCGGCAAACCCUCAUCCCUCUACUGAGCCUAUCUCAUUGAACAGUGUGGACAACCCCAGGGUCAACCAUGUGAACGAGCAGGACCUAGUCAUGGAGGACCUGGAAAAAGUAUCUGAAAGCAGUUUGGCGGGAGCUUCUGUCUAAAAGCGGCCCACUGGGGAGGUGGUUGCGUUCAGAUUUUAUUGUAAACGCAGUGCUGUACUGUAUGAUGUAAAAUGUCCCGUGAUUUUGUAUGUACAGUAUAUUGUUCUAUAAAGGGUAAAAAAUGUUUGUGAGUACUAAAUUGUGUAUUGUAGUGAGCUCCUCCAAAUCCAAAAGCCAGGAAGUAACAGUUUUACAUAUUUUUUAUGAUUCUUUAAGCAAUCUGCAUGAGUACUGUAAUCAGUGCUAACUUAUUGGCUUGACAUUUUGUGCCAGGAACUACAUUUUAUACAGUAUG